AAAACACAAAUAUAUGGUUGUUCGCGAAGCUCUGGAAAGGAAUCGACAAGCGCACCGAACCAAACAAUCUGGUUUUAAGGGAUACCUAAACUAGAAGCUGGGGAAUUAAAUCCAAGGCGAGAUGAGUGUAUCGAUAUCCAAAUCGCCUCUGAUUCGAAAGAGAUCGAUCAACUGCCCUGUCCUUGGAGAAUGGACGUGCUUCAAACGGCGCGAAGGCCUGUUGGUUCUGUUGGCGGAUGUUGCCCGUAUAAACGACAACAGUCCUCUGAAAGAUUACUCUUGCAUCUCCUUGAACCCGUUCAUGACAUUGUGGGGGCAAGUUGGUUACAUGUUGUCGGCAAGCGAGGAAGAUUUGAUUGAAACCGCGACGAGCAUGGCCAAGGAAUACAUGCGUUUGCUUCCAUACGACGACGCGUUGGAAUUUAUUACUCAGCAUUUAGCGAGACCGGGAAAACUGCUGCUUAAAAUUUUUGACCCCAAAAUUCAGGGGCGUUGCAAACCAACUACCCAAACAAUUAUUUUAGAACCACUGGAGGACGAAGAUGGAGAGGAAAAUGGCGAGAAAUCACCGGGAGAAGCGAUAGACCGCAAGACCAGACUAAGAGUUGCUGCAAAACGAGGAGAAUCCCCGCUUAAUAGCUCCUCAGGAUUUGAUGAAAGUGCAAAGAAAAGAAAGAUGAGCAACUCCGGUAAGAAUAGCAAAUUCAGUAACGUAUGUAGUGCUUGUCGUUUUCCUUCUUGGACAUAAACUACAGAAUUCUUGGUUUGCAACCACGUGACCAGGCGGCCAUGAUGGGGGUCAAUACAAUAGAAUUUUUUUUCUCGAAGAAUUUACAUGAAAACAGAGUCCCCAGCGGAGAGAAAUGCUUAUGUUAGUGACCACCAACACGGCUUCUGUGACAUCGCGUGCAAACUUGCAAUACCCUUUGUUGAUGAUUGGCAAUUUGCUAUUCCAUUUCAAUUUCCAUUCCUAGAGGGGUUGGGUGGGCACAAGUUUGGUGCUAAUAGCCCUGCAUGAAUCUUUCCCAUCACCCUUCUCUGACAGUACCAACAGUAGCACCUUGUCUGUAACUUUUGUAUUAAUAUUAUUGUUAAUAUCCCGUACCAACAAUUUAACUUUUCAAGGUAAACAUUUGUUUUCCAAGUAGAUUGUAAAACUUUCCUCUCUUUUAAAUAACAUAACUUUUCUCUCUCUGCCAGAUGGCAGCUGUACGGCCCCUAGCAGUGAUGAGAUGUUCAUUGAGUCGUUUGUUGCUUUUACCAAGACAUUUUUAGGAAAGAAACAAUGUCAAAAAGGUAUGUAUAACAGUGUAUCAGUAAUCGGCUUUUUUAGUCUUCUAUUUCAAAUAUUCAAUAUUAUUUCAGAACAUCAUAGAUAAGGAUUUUGAUAUCGGCUUUCCCAAUUGCAGGGGUGGGGCAAGGGAUACAUAGGUGAUAGGUCUGAGAAAAAUAUCCACAUCAAAAUUCUCCAGACUGAUCUUCAUACAUUCCUUAAAGAAUUAUUUUAGAGAAUUUCAUAAAAGAUCAAAGCACGUUUCCUUAGAUGACCAUUUCUCUUAAUCAUGGAUUAUUACUGUGAGGAGAAAAUUAAUGUUGAUCAAUCUUGGGACCUAAAGGGUUAAGGCAGCUGUGUUAUUUCCCUGAGAUAUAGUUUUUGAAAUCUAAUAUACACAUCAAGCUCCAAGAUGAAGAGAACUUUGGUGGAACAUAAGGUACCACAAUGCCCUGAUAGUUUUAGAUGAUAGUUUAAUAUUUAAAUGAUGUAUGUGUUUUGCCAAUAGCUCAUGUUUUGAUAGCCUGAGAAAACAGCCGACAUUUUGAGACAACGCCGCUGGUUUCCCUGCAAAGUGAUAUCUGAGAAACAAGUGCAGAACUUCCAUACUGAUCACACAUCACUAUCCAGAUCUGGGUACUGCCGCGUCAUCAGUAUAGAAUUUCUUCCCUCUUUUCUCAGACGUCAUUUUGCGUGGAAACCAGUGGUGGCAACAGCAAAUGUUGGCUGUUUACUCAGGCUUCUUUUUUGAUAAUUUUAUAUAUCAUGUUGUGAAUUCAGAUGAGUUAUUGGAAAAGCUUGAAGAGGAGAAACAAGCAAGAAAGAAUGCAGAGGAAAAAAUUAAUGAUCUUAAAGGUGGGCCCCAGCAUUUUUAGUACAUGUACUUUACACAAGAUCUCUGACUUCCCCACAAAUCAAGAAGAAGUAUCUGUCAUUCACAAAAUUAAUUUUACCUCCAAUUGAGCAUUCAUAGAUCUUGUAGCUUUGAGGUGCAGUAUUUUGAUUAUGAUGCUAGCAUAAUAAGGGUUAUACUUGUCAAGACACCACUAAUGACUCCCCAAGAUAUUCAUUCUUACCAGUUUUUUAGAGCAAUUUCUUUUUCUUAAUUAAAGUAUUCACACUUUUAAAGAUUCAGACAGACCCAGCCCUUGAUAACCAAAGAAAUGUUUUUAACAAAUUCUAUCAUUUUUAAUUGUAUGUUGAGGAAAACAUGCAAGAUAGGCUGAGUCUUAAAUCAUGUAAUGCUUGUUUCCUAUUUGUUUUGUUUUCUUGUUUCUUUUUUUGGUGAUUUUUUGGGCUUUUGCAAAACUGUUACUCAAUCAUGCAUAUUUCCUUAAAAAAAUCCUAUUCAGUUUAUCUGGCAUGAAAAUAAUAGGCCUAUAGUUUGCCAAUAACCUGCAAAUAUUCAGCUCAUUGUUUUUAUUUUCCACCACCAGUUCAAUUCAAACAGCAACUUGAUGAAGAGAAAAAAGCCAGAAAAAUUAAAGAUGAAGAAAUACAAGUUCUUAAAGGUAUUUUGUUAGCUUUUAUUAUUUAUUUCCUAAUCAAUUUGUCUAAUAUGUUUACUAAUUUUGUAGUUUUAUUUUACAAUCUAAUUGUAGUUAAAUAAUAUAUGCCAUUAGUAAUAGUCCAGCUGUAGAAAAAAACAAGAUAAGAAAAAACUCUGUCAAACUUGGUAAUCUAUACCACGCAGAUGAUUACGAUUCUACCUUGGCAAAAAAAGCGAGACUCAGACACUAGAAUUUUAAAGAUCUUUCUGUUUUAAUCUGUUUUACAUUAUAUUGACAACUGGUUUAUUGUAAUUGUUGUCAAUGAUUAAGACAAGUGAUUUUGAAAUAAACACCACCCUUGGAUAAACGCCACUCUUGAAUAAAUGCCACUUUGGAGACACUAAAACUUUUAUAAAUGCUGUGGCGUUUAAUCAAAUAAAUGCGGCAAGAUAUAAAUUAAUUAAUAGACAGGCAGUUACAUGUAGGUGGGAUAAAAGGCUAGCUGCUGGGUAGGAUGGUCUUUAUCAGGAGUUUGUCCCAUGUAAUGGAAUCCAGAUUCUGGAAUCCGGGAAAUUUUUGUAUGCUGAAUCUGGAAUCCCGGAAAAUUUUUUUUGUGGAAUCCAGAAUCGUGGGCUUUGGAAAUCUGGAAAACAGCUCAAGGAAUCCAGAAUCCAAGUUCCACUGACAAUACUGGAAUCCAGUACCUGUAUGUACCUGUAUUGGGUUCCCUCACUUGGGGCAAAGGAGUUAUAAAACACUAACUCAGAUAUGGGGCGAGGCACAUGUACAGGACUUACAUACACACGAAAUUGGUAAAAGAAAUGUUUGAGAAUACUGCAGUUAUAGUUGGUGAAAUAAAGUGUGUAUGGAGAAAGAUAAAAUUAUGUUAAAAAAGCAAAAUGCACUUCAGAUAAUAAUUAAUGGUAAAUAAUGUUGAUUUAAGAAUAAACGAUUUGUAAUUAAUUUUAAAACAGUAAACUUAAGUGACCUACUCGCAUAAAUUAUUAAAGAGUUUCUUAAUCAGUUUGUCUGACUUUUUGUACAUCACACUAAGAAUUUUUUUUCUAUAUUAUAUAUGCAGAUGAGCUGCAAAUGACAAAAAAUAAGAGGCAAGCUCUAGAGGACAAAUUGCAAGGUAAUGUAAGAUUUCAUGAGUUUAAACGUUAACAGUCAGUUCUAAAACUGGCGGCAUAGAUAUGAGUGGAAAAUGAUCAAUGAUUUGUUUCUAGUCAAUUCUCUCUGAGAUGAAUCUCCAAUCCCCUUAUUAUUAUUUUCCUGGUAGUUUUGUUUGUUUUACUAUAAAAGUUAACGAACUUUGCCGUGUUUUUGUACAUUUAAUCAGUGUUCACAGUGUCUCUAUUCUCUCUUCAGAACUCGUGCGCGUAAACGAAAAUAAAAACCGCUGGGAUUAUUGUCCGUAAAUGCUUAGGGGUUGGGGUGGGUACUGGCAAGUGUGAUAAGAAAAACCUUCUAUUCCUUUUUUCUCGCGCUUCACUUGCGAGCUGGUUGAAUUCUUUGAAAAAAAAGUUUUCACUAGUUUCUGUUAAUAUUUGAAAUAGUCUUUCCAUCUUUUUUCUCACCAGGAAUAAAACAGUUUCUUCAAAUGGGUACAGACAAGAGAGUGAACGUCUCAUCCUAGUGUGACCAUGUCCUGAACACUGAUGUAGUCCACCCUUUGUCUGGUGUGACCCGGCUAAAUAGCAAAAUCAUUGAUUUUGUUAACAUGUUAUAGACGUUUUGUGCAAUAUACGCGCUAUUGCACGUUGUUACAAAAAUGAAUUAGUACUGUAACUGUUCAUUAAUAUUGGCCGUUUUCAUCUAUGUUGUACGUAAGAAAGAACAUCACCGUAAAGUUUCAAAAGAAACAAGCCUCGUUAGUUUCGUUAUUUCGUAAUCCUUUAGUGACUACUUUCUGGCUGUCGUUUCCGUUUGGAGGAUUUUUCACCUAAACUGUCGAAGAGUCGUACCUCAGUCUUUAAAACAUUGAUAAGAUGAAAGUAAGUUAGGGAACACAUUAGCGAAACGACCGAAGUCGUUAGCGAAACGACCGAAGUCGUUGGCGAAACGACCGUAAAUCCAGUGGCCGACGACCGACCGUUAUUUACUGGUCUAUCCAUGACCUUUGUUUGUUUCAUUUAAAACGUUUUACAAAUUUAGAACUCACCCAAUGUAUUCUUAAGAAAAACUGAUGUAGUGCAUGUUGUUUUAAAGGUCGGGAAUAGUUGUUUUAUUUAUAUUUUUUAUGUUUACUUUUGUUUUUACUGAAGAGCUGAUGAUUAUUUCAAACUUGAUCGAGACAUUAUAAUUAAAUCAAACGUUAUUAAAUGGACUGAAAUAAAUGCUACAUGUAUAUUAACUUUGGCAACUAUUCUCUGGUUCCCUUUGCGCAUUAAUUUAAAAGUCGCUCCGUUCGGCCAAAUCUUCAAGCUGCGGAAAAUCUUGCGCAUUUUUGACUCAUAGUUCAAGACCGCAAAAUUUGCCAAAAAGAACAGUUUCGCGGCUUUCGCGUGUGUAAAGCUUUAGUUCAAGUCAUUCUACGGUCAGAAAAUAUGAAAGGGACAAGAGACGCACCGUUCUUUACCACGUAAAGAAUUAAUGCAUUCACAACAAUGGGAAUACAAGGUAUUUUCAACUUUCUAGCAUUCCUGCUACCAGUGCACAGCGCCUUACAAGUCCAUGAUUUAAAUUUUAAUUCAGCCGAAUGUGUGUCGAUGCCCAUUGAAGCGCACGUACAGAAAUGUGCGCGCACUCGUGAGUGCAGACGCGCGCGUGCUCACAUUUAUGGCGUCACAAUCGGAACUGGACUUGAACAGUCUUAAAGGACAAAACCUGUGUCAAGCCUUCGUGGGUGUUUUCCGUUUACUAUUUAUUUCAAGAUUUUCGAGUAUGGGGAUUCGAAGAUUCAUGAGAAGUUUGAACUGUUUUGGCAACAGCAAAAGGAGAGAAAAGUCGUCGUAAGUAUUCUUCAUGAUCCUUCUUUAUCAACCUUUUGAUGCGAUUUUAAUUUUAAUCGGCGUUGUUUUGUGUUGAAACAGGAAACAGAUGAAGAAAGAACUCAGCCGCAUGCAUGCAACUAUCAGUGUAAUGGAGGAAAAAAUUGAAACUACAAAGUAAGGGUUUCAGUUUACGAAUACUUUUUUUUUUUAUCGAGGAAUAAUGUCUAUAUCCCAUUCGGUGUUCCGUUCAAGUUUCUAUCUAUUAGUCAGAAAUUAUUACACCGACUUCGGGGCUUGGGUUGUCAAAAUAUAGUAAUUUGUAUAUCCACCGAAGACUAUACGUGGACGAAAAAACAGUAACAAAAAUGCACUUUUUUUUCUAUUUUUAACCGCGGCAGGAUUAGCUCAGUCGGUAGAGCGCUUGACUGCAGAGCGGGAGGUCGCGGGUUCUAUUCCCGUGGCCGGACUAAUAAUCAGGGUCUUGAAAUAACUGAGAAAUGAAGGUACUGCCUUUGCACUGCAAGCGGCGAGACCUUCGCGCGGCGCAGAUGACCACGUAAAAUGGCGGUCCCGUCUCCAGUGGGGACGUCAAAAAAGUGCCCCCAAUUAGUACUUUCGCGCUAAAUACAUUGACACUCAAAUAAAGUGCUUUUUUUCAGGCAGAUCAUUGAGGGAUGCCGUAAGAAACAGCAAUUAGCAGAAGAGCGAGAAAAGGCGAUGAGAGACAAAAGAGGUCGACUGAUGGAAAGAGUACAAUGUGUUGAGAAUGAACUAAAUCUAGCAUUGAAGCAUCGCCAAGUUACACUAGCCGAGAUCAUGUAAGUUGAAAUUUUACUCGAACUCAACUAUUUACAGUACAGGUUUCUAUAACAACAUUAGGUAGAGAAUCCACUCGCUACUUUUUAGAAAACAAGAAGAAACCUUGGUCAAGUUAACUUUCGCAAAGACUUCUGGGACUGUUACUAGCCCCCCACCCCCCAGGUAGAUUUAGGUUGCACUUACACCUGAAACCAAGAUGGGCGCCCGUUAAAGCCCUCGAUCUCAACGAUCUUACGUAAAAAUAGGGGACUGUAAACAAUCUAAAAAUUGUUUUAUUAAUCCGAACAAAACUUGGCUGCUCCUUGCAUUUUAUCUGUAGUGGAAAAACAAUUUUGCUAUUUUCUGAAACUGUUCUGAGCUUUUAAGUUCCAAACCACUGAUAUAUCACUUUUUGUUUACAGUAAGACAGGGCUAAGGAAAAUGGCACUGGAAAAAGAUCUCCAAGCCAUGGAGAAGCCAAAAAUUUUAUGUUAUAUUGUAGAUUGAUCUAUAUGUUAUCCAUUCUAUGUGUUAGACUUACGAUAAAAGUAAAGGUGGGGAUACCAGAGAGCCUCAAAGUAGGAUGGUAUCCCCCCAAAAAAAACUGGGUCGAGUCACCUUAAUGCAUUCACAACAAAGGGAAUACAAGGCCAUGAUUUAAAUUUUAAUUCAGGCGAAUGUGUGUCGAUGCACAUUGAAGCGCGCGUACAGAAAUGUGCGCGCACUCGUGAGUGCAGAUGCGCGCGUACUCACUUUUAUGGCGUCACAAUCGGAACUGGACUUGAACAGUCUUAAAGGACAAAACCUGUGUCAAGCCCUCGUGGGUGUUUUCCGUUUGCUAUUUAUUUCAAGAUUUUCGAAUAUGGGUAUUCGUAGAUUCAUAAGAAGUUUGAACUGUUUUGGCAACAGCAAAAGGAGAGAAAAGUCGUCGUAAGUAUUUUUCAUGAUCCUUCUUUAUCAACCUUUUGAUGCGAUUUUAAUUUUCAUCGCCGUUGUUUUUGUGUUGGAACAGGAAACAGAUGAAGAAAGAACUCAGCCGCAUGCAUGCAACUAUCAGUGUAAUGGAGGAGAAGAUUGAAACUACAAGGUAAGUGUUUCAAUUUACGAAUACUUUUUUUUUAUCGAGGAAUAAUGUCUAUAUCCCAUUCGGUGUUCCGUUCAAGUUUCUAUGUAUUUUACACCGACUUCGGGGCUUGGGUUGUCAAAAUAUAGUAAUUUGUAUAUCCACCGAAGACUACGUGGACUAAAAAACAGUAACAAAAAUGCACUUUUUUUUUCUAUUUUUAACCGCGGCAGGAUUAGCUCAGUCGGUAGAGAGCUUGACUGCAGAGCGGGAGGUCGCGGGUUCCAUUCCCGUGGCCGGACUAAUAAUCAAGGUCUUGAAAUAACUGAGAAAUGAAGGUACUUCCUUUGCACUGCAAGCGGCUGGACCUUCGCGUGGCUCAGAUGACCACGUAAAAUGGCGGUCCCGUCUCCAGUGGGGACGUCAAAAAAGUGCCCCCAAUUAGUACUUUCGUGCUAAAUACUCAAAUAAAGGGCUUUUUUUUCAGGCAGAUCAUUGAGGGAUGCCGUAAGAAACAGCAAUUAGCAGAAGAGCGAGAAAAGGCGAUGAGAGACAAAAGAGGUCGACUGAUGGAACGAGUACAAUGUGUUGAGAAUGAACUAAAUCUAGCAUUGAAGCAUCGCCAAGUUACACUAGCCGAGAUCAUGUAAGUUGAAGUUUUACUCGAACUCAACUAUUUACAGUACAGGUUUCUAUAACAACAUUAGGUAGAGAAUCCAUUCGCUACUUUUUAGAAAACAAGAAGAAACCUUGGUCAAGUUAACUUUCGCAAAGACUUCUGGGACUGUUACUAGACCCCUCCCCCCCCCCACCCCCCAGGUAGAUUUAGGUUGCACUUACACCUGAAACUAAGAUGGGCGCCCGUUAAAGCCCUCGAUCUCAACGAUCUUACGUAAAAAUGCGGGACUGUAAACAAUCUAAAAAUUGUUUUAUUAAUCCGAACAAAACUUGGCUGCUCCUCGUAUUUUAACUGUACAGGGAAAACAAUUUUGCUAUUUUCUGAAACUGUUCUGAGCUUUUAAGUUCCAAACCACUGAUAUAUCACUUUUUGUUUACAGUAAGACAGGGCUAAGGAAAAUGGCACUGGAAAAAGAUCUCCAAGCCAUGGAGAAGAAAGCAACCUUCUUUUGGGUGGAACUGCAUUACAGUGAUCCAAAUCCAAGAAAAACCAUGGAAUUGUGGCGAGAAAACCUUCGACAGUUACGAUCACAGAACGAUAUGCACAAAGCUGUGCUACAACCACCCUUGUGCCCAGUCAAUGAAGAGGUUAUUUUUUGGGAAUAUCAGCAGGAGUUUAGUUGUGAUGAUGUGAGAGAUACAGUGUACCAAGACAAUGGGCCAAUAAUGGCCACAUACGUUUGA